AAAAAUUCGUUUUUAUUUUGGAUUUUUUAGAGAAUAACCGAAUAAUGAAUAAUCGAAAAUCAUUUAUUGAUGCAUUAUAUUCUAAAUAUUGUGAUGAUGAUGAAACUGCAAUUAUUGAUCUACCACAAUUGGAUGGACAUCGACGUGUUUGUGAAUGGGUCGGUAUGGAAAAGAUUAAAAAUCAAUUGAAAAAUUUAAAUAAUCUACGAUGGAUCGAUUUAUCCGAUCAACAAAUUGAUCGACCAUAUAAUGAUGAUAAUGAUUUUGAUCAAAAUCAAUUUCAUCUACCAAAAGCUUGUUCAUUAUAUUUGGCAAAAAAUUUCCUAACAAAUUGGUUGGAUAUUGCUAAAAUUAUUAAAUUAACACCAUUGAUUGAAGAAUUAAUUUUAUCAUCCAAUCCAUUACGGCCACCAAGUGAUAAAGAAAUUGUUGAAAUUUGUGAUCAUUUUAAACGAUUAAAAGCAAUUAUUCUUGGUGAUCUUAAUUAUGAUUGGUCAUCAUUACUUCAAUGUUCAAAAUUAUGGCCGUCAAUCGAACGAAUCAGUUUAUUUGAAAAUCAAAUUCAAACUAUACAAAUUGUUGAUAAUAAUCAAUUUGAAAAUUUAAAAUUUCUUAGCCUUUCCAAAAAUCCUAUAUCCGAUUGGAAUGAAAUUUGUAUGCUUGGAAAAUUACCAAAAUUAGAAACACUUGAAUUACCAAAUUGUCAAAUUAAAAUGAUAAGAUUCAAUGAAAAUAAUCUUUUCUCUAAACUUCAAUACUUAGAUCUAUCAUAUAAUCAGAUUAAUGAUUGGCAAUCGAUUGCCGAAUUAAAUAAACUUUUAUCAUUGAAAAUAUUAUUAUUAAAACGAAAUCCAUUAUUCGAUACGAAUGAAUAUUAUCAUAAUUUUAAUUUUAUUUUAUCACGUAUACGACGAUUAGAAAAAUUGGAUCGUGAACCAAUUAAAAAAGAAUCCCGUAAUGAUGGUGAAAAAUAUUAUCUACGAAUGAUUUAUCCAGAAUAUUUAGAAUGCUAUAAAAAUCCUAAAACACGUUUAAAAUUUUUUGAUGAAAAUCCAUGUUUUCAACAAAUACUUUCGGAAUUAGGUGAACCAAUUAUUGCAAAAAAUUUAACUAAACAAGAAAAAAUACAACAAAAUUUUAUUCAUCUAAAUAUUUAUGAUGAACAAAAUCCUGAUCAAUCAAGAAAAUAUGUACGAAAACAAAUACCAAUUACAAUGAAAGUUUUUAAUCUUAAAUUUAUGUUAAAACAUUUAUUACAUUUAUCCGAUGAAUUUGAAUUAUUAGUAAAAUCAAUUGAUAAUAAUUGGCACUAUGAAGAAAUAAUGGAAGAUCGUAAUGAUGUUUGUGCAUAUUGUAUUGAUGAUAAUGUUGGAAUUUUUGUUAAAAGAAUUUAAAGAAAAAGAAAAAAAUUUGAUUAAUAAAUAUAUAAAUUUUAUUUUUUUUCAAUUGAAAAUUUUUGUUUAAAAUCAAUCAAUUUGUGUGUGUGUAACACAGGCGGCAAUAACAAUUCCAAUGGUUAGUAAAAUAUUGAAUUGUAUUGAAAUGGAAAAUGUUUUUUGUUUUGUUUUGUUUUUUUGGCACAAAAGAAAAUGUUUAAUGU